ACAAGUCAGUCAUUGCGACAAGACAGACCAGGGCUGCAGCGCUCAGUUUGACCUGGGAUCUCCGAACCGCUACAACAAGAGGUUGUGCUCGGAUGUUGUAGUACUCGAAGAGUUGUGUUACAGUUUCUCAAAGUGUCGCAGUUACUCAGAUUUACUUACUGUUUAUCCUUCUCCAUGGACUAAAGAGGAUUCAACGCGUGUGAUAUCUUUGAAGCGUUUUUUUGUUUUUUUGUUUUCUUCUUCAACAUAUUGCACUAGGUGAUAAUUCGAGGCCUGUUUGGCACCGCCCACCCUCCGAGAUGGGCAAACUGACCGUCCUCCUAAUCCUCAUCAUUUUAAUCCCUGGGAUACCAACAACCAGGGCAGCGCCUCGUAGGAUUCCAAGCGACGUUUUUGACAUGAAGGAUAUCUUGAGGUCGAACGAGGGGUCCUUCAACGAGAUGUUAGAGAGGCUGAAAGUCCUCGUGGAACACAGGAAGCAGAAAGGAUGCUCCGUUGGGGAGGCGUCAGUCCUAGAGAAGGAUAUGGUGAACGUGGUGUCCAAGAGCUUCGCCUCCGUGAUUAGGACUCUGUUGAUGAUGCAGGAUCUCCUGCGGGAUGUGACUGGGCACUUCAAAAAAUAUACCUGCGCCGAGGAGGAGGGAUCAGGGUCAUGUUCCAGCGACCAAUGGCAAUGUGACUCAGGUCAAUGCAUAUCGGACGAACUGUACUGCAACGGGGAAGUCAAUUGCCCUGACGGUUCUGACGAGUCAGUCAAUUGCACGAGCGAAUUGCUGCUGUCGGCGACGCCGUCGGCAGCGGCAACCGCCCUCGACUGCGACCGGAGCCACUUCGUCUGCAAAUCGGACGGGAAGUGCAUAGCCGGGUGGUGGCGUUGCGACGGCGUGGACGAUUGUCCGGACGGCUCCGACGAAGACGACUGCUUCGUGCCGACUUGCAGCUCGGAACAAGUGCCCUGCGGCAGCCUGGGCAUCUGCAUCAUGAAGAAGUGGGUAUGUGACGGCGAUAUCGACUGCUUGGACGGCAGCGACGAGGUGGGAUGCCCGGCUAAGAAGAACCAGGUGGAGGGCACGGGUUCGACUCUACCUGGAGACGUAUCGACGGUGUCCUCGUAUUUGAUCGAUGUUGCUACUUACAACCACAAUGAUACGAGAACGUGCAGGAAGUCCUACUUCUUGUGCCCGACUAUCGGCCUGUGCAUUCCCAAACAGUGGCGAUGCGACGGCACCAGAGACUGCCAUGACGGCAGCGACGAGGACCUAUGCUUCACCAUGGAAACGACCGACUUGCCAGAUGUCGCCACGGUCUCAUCUCCCGCUACUGGUGCUGAUGAUGAUGAUGAUUCUGCUGCUGCUGCUGCUGAGGCUGCCGGAGUUUUCAAAGAGCCCCAGAGCACUGUCUUCACUGGAGCCACUGAGAAUUCCCUCCUCAUUCCUUCCAACACCGGAACAUGCGACAACCAUGGUGUCUUAUGCAAGGUCAAACGUAGGGCCAUCUGCCUGCCGUCAGCCUGGGCAUGCGAUGGAAUCACCGAUUGUGAUGAUGGAUCAGAUGAAUCCAGUUGUACCACAACGCCCGUUGAUGUCAAGGACAAAAGGAAGCCAACCCAGCCUUUGUUCUUGGGACAAAAGACCAAAAUCCAAUCUGGUGAUCAAGAGGAACCUAUCCGGAUAAAGAUUAAAAAAACACACUUUUUCCCAAGUGAUCCUGAGAAGAGAAAUGGGUCCAAGCUUAGCCAGGCGAUCACUGGCCGAGCGGCCAUUCCAGAAGGGGAGAAUCACGCCUUCCAAUUUCGAAGAAGUGGAGAAGCCUUGUCGUCUGAAAGCAUCAACGUCUCUGUGACUGGCAUUACACUGACAGGUGACCAAGACGAUAAAGAGUUGGUGAUCUCAACAAUAACUGAUAAGAUAUACCAGGCAUUAGGCUCGCAGGACGUCAGUGAAGCACUGAGUGCGGAGCUUCCAUCCGACACUGUCAACCAGACUUUUUCUUACACCUACGACAUUGAGAAAAAGACUCUGACCCCUCAUCUCACUGAAGAUCAUUCUUCUGAUUCAACAAACUCAUCUGGGGUCUCUGUUUUUCAGAAUAAGCUUUCUGAAUUAUUCAGAGAAGCAUUCACUCCAAGCAACUCAUCCUCAGAUGAUUCCAGCGAGGCGGAAUUCAAUGUGACAAUACGAUGGAGGCGCAACCCUUGUAACAAUCAUCAGCUGUAUUGCAGAGAAGAAAAACGAUGUCUCCCGCUACUUUGGCAGUGUGAUGGUCAGAAUGAUUGUCUGAAUGGAGAAGAUGAAGAGGGAUGCCCAAAUACAUGUGAACCCGACCAGUUCCAGUGCCAGAGGUCGGGAGAGUGCCUACCCAAGGAAUGGCAAUGCGACGGCGAAUCAGACUGCUCCGAUGGGAGUGAUGAAGGGGAAUGCCAGCACACAAGCACCAUCGUGCCCCACGUCAUGUUCUUUGUGACAGCAAAUGGCAUAUGCAGACAAGGCUGGUUCUUCUGCGAGCUGGGCCACAGGGACCUUUGCAUCCCCAACAGAUGGUUAUGCGACGGUGUUACAGACUGCCUUAGUGGAAAGGAUGAAAGGGUCUGCUCAGCUUCUAUCCAGAAAGUAGAGGAGUUACGAGGAAGAAGCGCUGAGCAGAACGGUGGCACUUUAGACUUCACUAGAGCCGUUCAGAAAUUAACGAAUUUCAUCAUACUUGGCGAUGAGGAUGACUCAGCAAUUCCAGUGCUGGAAGCUCAUAACGGAACGGUGUCCACUAUUCUCUCAUUGUUUGAUGCUCCGGAAGUCUUUGAUUCAGAAGUAGUGCUCACUAAGAAGUCUUUGUCUUCUGCAACUGCUGGAAAUGAAACGUCACAAGGAGACGCCCAAGCAGAGACAAAAUUGGGGGAACCCAGAGCAUUUGCUGGACGAAAUGAUGGUCUUCUCAGGGACACAACUACUCAGCCAACAAGCCUGGACCAAAGACUCAACCUUUACACCACAGAGCAACCAAAUAGGGCAUUGGGCAGUCCUACAUUGGCUCUGACACCAAGUGCCAAGACCACUCCAGUUACAUACGUAGAAUCAUCCACUCAGGGCAAGGAGCUGCGAGAAGCUACUACUUCUGCAAGAGCCACCGAAACUGUAAAAUCUACAGUAACUACAAUUAAAGCAAAUAAAACCACAGCUAUCUUAGUCAAGACAGCUAAAGCUACGUCUGUUACAGCAUCCACGGCAGAUACAGCAGCUACAGUUACCCAGAUACUUGCUCCUCUAGUUAAGAUAACCUGCUCCGACAACAAGUUCUACUGCUCGAAGGACAACAAAUGCAUCGCCCUCUCCUGGAGAUGUGAUGGAGAAAAGGACUGCUCGGAUGGCCAAGAUGAACGAGGAUGUCCAAAGGAGGGCUGCGACCGGAAGGGGUGGGUCAGGUGCCAGGGAUCUCGGGCAUGUAUCAGUUCAGACUGGGUAUGUGAUGGCAAGGAGGACUGCCCUGACGGCAGUGACGAGACAAACUGCACUUUCAGUGACCUCAUCGAGACCACUACUGACAGCUCCCUCUCGCCUUUAGUGACACUAAGAUCUAACUAUACAUUACCAGUUAUCAACGGCACAUGCAGCACCCAAUCCUUCAGAUGCACGUCAACGGACAGUUGUAUUCCCGUCUACUGGCAAUGUGACGGAGAAGUCGACUGUCCAAAUGGUGAGGAUGAAGAUGGAUGCCCUACGACAAUUGUAGAGACAACGACUCCGUCGUUUUCCUUCUCCGAGAUACUCAAGAAGACAUCCUGCUUCAACGGCAUGUUCCGCUGUGUCUUGACUGAGGAGUGUAUUCCUCGGGACUGGGUAUGUGACGGCUCGAAGGAUUGUAAGGACAACACCGACGAGUCUUUCUGUCCUCCUACGGAAGCACCUUCGUCACCAUCGCCCCCAGCAGAAGAUGGUGGUUUUGCCUCCAAUGAGAGCGGCAGCAGCAGCAGCAGAAUAGGGCAGCCAAGGGUACGGACGGUUCUGCAGCUUCUGCUGGCAUCUGCUGAACCCCCUCUUCCUCCCCUUCCUCCUCCAGCAACAGGCAGUAGUAGUGGGGCAUCGGUUAUCUCAGGGAUACCUCCUACAGAGACCGUUCCAUGCUUCAAAGAUCCAGCGUACUUCCGAUGCUCCAAAGGUCAAGAGUGCCAUGAAGUGUCACUUGUAUGCAAUGGAGUGCCAGACUGUGCAGACAGCAGUGAUGAGGGUCCAGGCUGUGAGGCGCAGAGGGAGGGCUUUUUGCUCGUGUCCUUAGGGAGGCGUCUGGAAGCCUUCGCUCUGGACGUCAGGAGCAGCGUUCGAGUUCACAGAGAACUUCACGGGACAGUUGUAGGUGUUGCGUACGACCCAGUUAACAGGGAAGUCUACUGGACUGUGGUUUCAACAGACAGCGGAGGUGUCUAUCGUAAAUCUAUUGGCAACGAUGAGGACCCACCCGAGCUUUUCUUAGAAUCAGCGAGCAAACUGGAAGGCCUGGCUUUGGAUUGGCUGGGAAGGAACCUGUACAUAGCAGACAGCAACAACCAGCGAAUUAGAGUCUGCUCGAUUGUGACGGCGAGCUGUGGGACUCUCGUUGGAGAAAUCGCCCUGCCCAGAGCCUUGCAACUAGAUCUUACUGAAAGGAAGAUCUACUGGACGGACGCAGAGACGCCCCUUAUCGAAGUGGCCGGGUUGGACGGCCAAGGAAGGACCAGUCUGGUGUCCGAAAGACUGGGCUGGCCGAACGGCCUUGCCCUCGACCCAAAACUCCGUAGGAUUUACUGGAUGGAUGGAAGACACGAUACCGUGGAGUUUGUCAACCUGGAUGGGAGUCAACGCCAGGAAGUCACCAGGACCUCCAGUGUUUAUCCAUAUGCUGUGGCACUUUGGGAUGAUAAGAUCUUUUGGACUGACAUGCUCAGAAAACAGGUCCUGCAGUGUUCAAAGUGGAACUGCACCGAUUCUCAUAUGUUUACUUCGACCGCACCACAGAUGCCGGCGGGAAUGUCAGUGUACCACCCCAGCCUCUUCGAAAAGGCUGUGAAUCCCUGCGUAGGGCACUCCUGUACCCACUUGUGCCUUUUGUCCAAAUCCGCUCCCCAGGGCCACACGUGCUUUUGCCCUGAGGGCAUGACUUUACAAGACGAUCACCUGACCUGCCUUUAAUGAAAGCCUAUUUCUGGUAACAGGUCAAAUUAAAAAGUUAAUAUUCUUGAUGGGUAGAUUGUGGUUUUGUAAUUAUACUGUAUGUGCUGCUCAAUCAGGCAUUUGAAUUUAUUGUAAUAUUUUCUCAUAUACUUUGAAGUUGUCUGCUCAUGUUACCUUACAAAGAAAUGAAGUUAUCUGCUCGUGUUAUCUUACAAAGUAGAUGAAGUUAUCUGCUCGUGUUAUCUUACAAAGCAAAUGAAGUUAUCUAUAUGUUAUGUUAUCUUACAAAGCAGAUGAUUUUUUCUGCUCGUGUUAUCUUACAAAACAGAUGAAGUUUUCUGCUCAUGUUAUCUUACAAAAAAGGAAAAGUUAUCUAUAGCUCAUGUUGUCUUACAAAACAAAUGUUAUCUAUAGCUCAUGUUAUCUUAAAAUACAGAAGAAGUUAUCUAUAACUCAUGUUAUCUUGCAAAACGUAAGUUAUCUAAAGCUCAUGUUAUCUUAUAAAAUAUGAGUUAUCUAUAGCUCAUGUUAUCGUACAAAACAUAAGAUAUCUAUAGCUCAUGUUAUCUUACAAAACUCAAGUUAUCUAUAGCUCAUGCUCUCUUACAGAACAUAAGUUAUCUAUAGCUCAUGUUAUCAUACUAAACAUAAGAUAUCUAUAGCUCAUGUUAUCUUACAAAACCUAAGUUAUCUAUAGCUCAUGUUAUCUUACAAAACAUAUGGCCAAAUGAUUCAGAAAGUCAAAUAUCAAUUUGUAUAUGUUCAUCUGUGCCCAAAAUUGUAAAUGAAAGCAAAAUUUUUUUGUUAAGGAAAAAGUACAUUUAACUAGUGUUACCGAGUUAUGCAUUUUAAUGACAGAUGAUUCUAAAAUUUCCAAUUUUGGCCUUUUGUUUUGUUAUAAAUAUUAUGUCACAGUUUGGAAUAAAAGUCGACUUAUUGUAUGGA